AUGGGGACGCUGGUGCUCCUCUCGGCUCUGGGCGCGCUUCUUUGUUCCGCCGCUGCUGGAGAAGUUCGCGGAGCGCGGAGCUGCGCGGAGACCCGGCAGGCGCUGGCGAGCCGCGGCUUCUCACUCGCCUCGGUCCCGCCCAGCCUCAUCUCGGGAGAGCACCUUCGCGUCUGCCCCCAGGACUACACCUGCUGCGCCAGCCAGACGGAGGAGCGGCUCAGCGAGCAAGGGCAGGCGGACCUCCGGGCGCUGUUGGGGGAGCCGGGCGCCUUCCUGAUCCACACCCUGAGCUCUCGCCAGCGCCGCUUUCAAGACUUUUUCCAGGAGCUUCUUGCUGGAGCUGAGCGGUCCCUCCAGGCCAUGUUUGCCCGUUCCUAUGGGCGCCUUUAUAUGCAGCAUGCCCGCCUCUUCCAGGGAUUAUUUGUGGAGUUGCACCGUCACCUUAAGGGGUCUCGGCCCGGCCUAGAUGAGGCCCUGAGCGACUUCUGGUCUCAGCUCUUGGAGCGAAUGCUGCCUCUGCUUAACCCCCAGUAUAGCUUCCCAGAAGGGUAUCUGGAGUGUGUGGGGCGCCAGGUGGAAAGCCUCCAUGCCUUUGGAGACAGCCCCCGCCAGCUCUGGGUGCAGGUGUCUCGGGCUGUCCUCGCUGCUCGGGUCUUUGUUCAGGGCCUGGCCACUGGGCGGGACAUCGUUGCCCAGGCCGUUAAGCUGUCUCCCACUGGAGAGUGCCAACGGGCAUACGGGCGCCUCUCCUUCUGCCCGCUGUGCCGUGGGCUUCCAGACCUCAAGCCAUGCCACGGAUUUUGCCUCAACGUCAUGAAGGGCUGCUUGGCAAGCAUCACAGAGGUGGACGCCGAGUGGGGGCGCUUCCUGGAUGCACUGAUCCAACUGGCGGAACGACUCGCAGGACCCUUCAAUUUUGAGUUGGCAGCUGAUUCCAUUGCGGUGAAAAUUUCAGAGGCCAUAAUGUACCUGCAGGAACGCAAUAUACAGACAUCAGCUAAGGUGUUCCAGAGCUGUGGCAACCCUCGCCCGACUCCUGCCCGUUCCCGGCGUGCCCCCCAAGAAGAAAGCAGGCACCGCUUUCAGAUCUACCCGCCAGAGGAGAAGCCAACCACGGCAGGGGGGACCAACCUGGACCGGCUGGUGUUGGAUUUGAAGGAAAAGGUUCGUCUCAUGAGGCGCUUCUGGACCCUGCUGCCCCACACUCUCUGCAGCAGUGAGAAGGCAGCAGCUGGCAUGGCAAACGAGGACAGUUGCUGGAAUGGUCAGACACGGGGCAGGUACUUCCCAGACGUGACAGCUGAUGGAUUGGUGAAUCAAAUCAACAACCCAGAAGUGGAGGUUGACAUUUCAGAACCCGAACUUCUAACCCGGAGAUGUGUCCUGGCUCUGCGCAGUGUGACCUCGCGCUUGGUGGGGGCAUGCCAUGGGCAAGACCUCGACUUCCAGGAUGCCGAUGAGGAUGGCGUCAGUGGUUCAGGUGCUGGAUAUCAUGAAGACCGGCCGGCCUCCCCAAGGUCAGGAGGCGGGCUUGCCGGAGGGGCCUCUGGGAGCUCACUGCCUUCCCCGGACUCCCGAGACCCUCCUGGAAGGGAGCGACCUGGGAAGGGCUCCUCCUCCGGGCAGAACCAAAGCGGGGGAAGGCUGAGCAGCGGGGCCGGGCCUCUCCCACCCACAGCCCUCUCCCUGGCCCUCUCCCUGCACUUGGUCUUCCCCAGGGGCCGCGAUCUUCUAGCCAUGGAGGACUUCCUGUCCGUCCGCUGCGAUCGUCCCCCAAUCCCUUUGACGCCGACCUUCCCAGUAUGGCCGACAUCCUGUCCAUCCGUCGAGGCCGUCCCCAUCUUCCUGUCCAUUCGCAGCACGGUGCCCUGCUUUUUCCCGUCCUCUUUUCUACUCUACGCUGCCAUAGCGCACGUCUACCGGCAAGACCGCAAGAAGGAAAAAAAAAAGCCUCGUACUGCCACAGCUUUAGAAAAACGAGAAGCUAAAUUGGGAACAUAG